AUGGGACCAAAACAGCAGGUGGAUGAUGACCUAUCUAGUCCUAGCAAACAGGCGCACCUGGACGCCUCACCCUGGGGCCGGGACAUGGACACCGGCGUGCAAACCACUGAGCAUCUUGUGGUGAACUCCCCGAGGUACUACAGCCUCGGGGCGCACGGGCAUCUCAGCAAGUCCAAGCGGAGGAGGCUUAUCACCGUGGUGCAGCGGCAAGCGGCCAACGUGCGGGAAAGGAAGAGGAUGUUCAGCCUGAAUGAGGCGUUUGAUGAGCUGAGGACAAAAGUUCCCACGUUCGCCUACGAAAAGAGACUGUCUCGGAUCGACACGCUCCGUCUGGCUAUCAUCUACAUCUCAUUCAUGACGGACCUGCUGGAGCAAAACAUCCAAAAUAAUCCAAUGUGA